CUUGAGUCACAUGCGCCUGUCAGCUGUCACAUCACUUCAGUCCAGCUCAGAAGAAACAACGGUGCAACAAAUGUCUCUCUACAGGAAUAUACUUUGGUUUAUCAAGGGAAUGAGGGAGUAUACAAGGUCUGGGUUUGAGAAUGCCUCCAAGAGUUUUGCAGCAAAGGAUCUGGAUGUGUCCAUGGUGGGACGUUCCUUUAUGAUCACCGGAGCAAACAGUGGAAUUGGGAAGGCCACAGCCAUGGCCAUAGCUAAAAAAGGCGGCACUGUCCAUAUUGUCUGCCGAAACAAAGAGAAGGCUGAAAGAGCCAGAGAAGAAAUAGUCUCAGCAAGUGGAAAUACUAUGGUUUUUGUCCAUGUGUUGGAUCUCUCCGAGUCCAGAAAGGUGUGGGAGUUCGCAGAGGCCUUUAAGAAGGAGCACACAUCUCUCAAUGUUUUGAUCAAUAAUGCCGGAUGUAUGGUGAACCAGAGGGAAAUUAACUCUGAUGGACUGGAGAAGAACUUUGCGACCAAUACACUUGGUGUUUACAUUCUGACUAAAUGUCUGAUUCCAUUGCUGGAGAAGAGCAGGGACCCCCGAGUUAUCACGGUGUCGUCAGGAGGGAUGCUGGUGCAAAAACUAAACCCAGAUGACCUGCAGACGGAGAGAGCUCAGUUUGAUGCUACCAUGGUAUACGCACAGAACAAGAGGCAGCAGGUAGUGAUGACAGAGUUCUGGGCGAAAGCAUAUCCUAAAAUUCACUUCUCUGUGAUGCACCCCGGGUGGGCCGACACUCCAGCUGUCGCCUCUGCGAUGCCUCAGUUUUAUCAGCUCAUGCGGGAUCGUCUGCGUUCAGCGGAGCAGGGCUCAGAUACACUGAUCUGGCUCGCCAUGUCGCGCGUCACUAUUACCUUUCCCAGUGGCCUUUUCUUCCAAGAUCGUCAGCCGGUUUCUGUCCACUUGCCGCUGGCCUGGACACACAGCCCUCGAAAGGAGGGCAAAGCGUUUAUGCGCCGCUUGGAGACUUUGGCGAUAUCUGUCAAACACUCAGAGGGAGAUAAUAUAUAAAGAUGUCAGAUGUUUUACAGUAUUUAGAAUUAAAACAAAACUCAUUUAAAAAAAUAUAACCAUGAUAUUAUGGCAAGCCAAAUUAGCUUAAUUGUAUUUUUACUGUUAAGGACUGAAUUAAAGAGCUCUCUAAUUGUAUUACUAAUUGUAAGAAUUGAAUUUAAGAGCUCCCAAAUUGUAUUUUUUUUGUAGGAAUUAAAUUACAGAUGUCUCUAAUUGUGUUUUUACUACAAAGGUUUUAAUUAAAAAGGUCUCUAAUCGUAUUUUGAAUAGUAAGAAUUGAAUUAAUGAGCUAUUUAAUCAUUUUAAUAGCAAGAUUUGAAUAAGAGCUCUCUAAUUGUAUUUUACUAGUAAGAAUUGAAU